AUGCUCAAUGCUAUUCUACAUUUCUACAAUCGGACAUGCGCCUUUUUACAGAAUGCGCACCCGGCAUGCGCAUCUUGCACCUCAAUUUUUGGCUACAGCUGCAACUUCAUUCCAUUUGUAAAUUUUGAUUUUUCUAUGAAUGAACUGCGCACAGUGGAUCUACGCUCUUGUGUCCGGUUAUUGUGAACCGGCAUUAUUCUGUGUUCCAAGCUAAAGUUUUGAAGAUACUAAAAGUACUCAAUCAAUCUCAUUUUAACUUGGCUGGUGCGUGAUCAUUUUCAAGAUCCACAAGUUUUCACAGUAAAUUCCCUCUUCAGAACCCUGUAAUUUGCAAGGCUAUUGGCAAGGCAUUUGACAUACCAAAAGAUUCGUCGGGUUGAUAACACUGUAAAUGACAGAACUCGUUGAAUCUGACAUUCCAACUGUGCAGUGGAUGACGAUCUACUGCAAACAGAACGUGUUCUUAGAGUGCCAUAAUAUAUUAAAAAAAAUUGCAUGAUAGUUCAGCCAGUGUUUCCACGAUUUAGCAAAUUGUAAUUCUAAUAAUGGGUCCCCCAAAACGAUUCAAGAAAGACAAUGACAAGGGUAAAUGGAAAAAACGCAAGGAAGAUCCCGAUGAAUAUUUCGAUGAUGAUCAUGGAGACGGUGGAGACACAGAGGGUAUCCCUGAUGCAGCUAAAAAUGACAUAGAAAAACAGGAUGAAGGGGCAAUAGAAGAUGAAUUUGGUGCCAAAGAUUACCGUGCACAAAUGAUUCUUAAACCAGAUAAUACUUCAAGACCUCUUUGGGUGGCUCCAAAUGGGCAUAUUUUCCUAGAAUCCUUUUCACCUGUUUAUAAACAUGCCCAUGAUUUUUUAAUUGCAAUCUCUGAACCAGUUUGUCGUCCAGAGCAUAUUCAUGAGUACAAACUAACUGCGUACUCUCUAUAUGCUGCCGUAAGUGUAGGGCUGCAAACUCAUGAUAUAAUAGAGUACUUGAAACGCCUUAGUAAGACUAGUAUUCCAGAUGGAAUUAUUGAAUUUAUACAGUUGUGCACAUUGUCCUAUGGAAAGGUCAAACUUGUUCUCAAACACAAUAAGUAUUUCGUAGAGUCUCCAUUCCCUGAAGUGUUACAAAAAUUACUGAAAGAUCCGGUAAUUCAAGAAUGUAGAUUGAAAAGAAACUUAGAUGAUACUGACAAAGAUGGUUUUAUUACCAAUGUUCUGGACAAAACAAAAGCUCCGCAGUUUGGUGCAAAAGCAGCAGCUACCACUGCACCGACUACAGGGGCAACUACAGCUGAAGGUAAUGGAGACCAAGCCCCAGCAGAGCCAGUUCCAGUUCCUGAAGAUAUCUCAACGUUUUAUGAUAAAAUUGAUAAAGAGGAUGAAGAUGAAGAGGAAGAACAACAGCACAAAACUGUUAGUUUUGAAGUGAACCAGGAAAAAAUCGAAGUCAUUCAGAAAAGAUGCAUUGAGUUAGAACAUCCGUUGCUAGCAGAAUACGACUUUCGAAACGAUACUAUAAAUCCAGAUAUAAAUGUUGACCUGAAACCUUCUGCCGUUCUGAGGCCUUACCAAGAAAAAAGUCUUAGAAAAAUGUUUGGCAAUGGACGUGCCAGAUCGGGUGUUAUUGUUCUACCCUGUGGUGCGGGCAAAAGUUUGGUGGGUGUGACAGCGUGCUGCACAGUGAGAAAACGUGCGUUGGUACUUUGUAAUUCUGGAGUGUCUGUUGAACAAUGGAAGCAACAGUUUAAGAUGUGGUCAACAGCUGACGAUUCCAUGAUAUGUCGAUUUACAAGCGAAGCAAAAGAUAAGCCUAUGGGAUGUGGGAUCCUUGUUACCACAUAUUCGAUGAUUACGCAUACCCAAAAAAGAUCUUGGGAAGCUGAACAGACCAUGAAAUGGUUGCAAGAGCAAGAGUGGGGUAUUAUGGUUUUGGAUGAGGUCCAUACGAUUCCAGCAAAAAUGUUCCGAAGAGUAUUGACCAUAGUACAGUCGCACUGCAAGCUAGGUUUGACAGCGACAUUGUUGAGAGAGGACGACAAAAUUGCGGAUUUAAAUUUCUUGAUUGGUCCAAAACUCUACGAAGCUAAUUGGCUGGAACUGCAAAAACGAGGUUUCAUUGCUAGAGUGCAAUGUGCGGAAGUAUGGUGUCCCAUGACGCCAGAGUUUUACAGGGAGUAUCUCAGCUGCAAAACAAGCAAGAAGCUAUUGUUAUACGUGAUGAAUCCAAGCAAAUUUCGAUGCUGUCAGUAUUUGAUUCGAUACCAUGAAAGACGCGGCGAUAAAACCAUUGUCUUUUCGGAUAAUGUCUUUGCUCUAAAACAUUAUGCCAUCAAAAUGAACAAACCCUACAUCUAUGGGCCCACCAGUCAGAGUGAACGUAUACAAAUUCUACAAAACUUCAAAUUCAACACAAAAGUGAACACGAUUUUUGUGAGCAAAGUCGCGGACACUUCGUUUGAUUUGCCUGAAGCAAACGUUUUAAUACAAAUUUCUUCACAUGGUGGAUCAAGAAGACAAGAAGCUCAAAGAUUGGGUCGAAUCCUGCGAGCCAAAAAAGGCGCAAUUGCUGAAGAGUACAAUGCGUUCUUUUACACUCUUGUUUCGCAAGACACUAUGGAGAUGAACUAUUCAAGAAAAAGACAAAGGUUUUUAGUUAAUCAGGGAUAUGCUUACAAAGUUAUCACAAAGCUUGCCGGCAUGGAUGAGGAACCAGACUUGAUGUAUAAAACACGCGAGGAACAAGGUCAAUUAUUGCAACAAGUUCUAUCAGCCAGUGAUAUGGAUGCAGAUGAGGAAAGAAUUCCUGGUGAUGGGCCAAGACCUACAGUACGAAGGACCGGAAACAUGGCAUCGAUAUCGGGUGCUGACGACGCAGUUUAUUAUGAAUUUAAAAAAUCAGCUGCUUCGUCGACAGCAAACAAACAUCCUUUAUUCAAGAAAUUCCGAACAUGAGAACCUUAAUUUUUGUAUUUAUUAAACAGGAAUUAAAAAAGAAAGAGUAUUUUUCUUAAAA